AUGAAGAAAUUAGAUAAUCAACUAACAAUUCAAUUAAAUAUUAAAAAUAACUUGGGGCAAAAUAUCGUUGGAAUUCUAGAAAGAAAAUCAUUGAAUAAUACCUUUGGAGCGAAACUUGGAAUUAUUUGUCAUGGGUUUUCUGGACAUAAGAAUUAUUUAUUUCAAACAAAAUUAUCUAAAGAAUUACCUUUUGAUAAUUUUCGAUUUGAUUUUAGAGGAAAUGGAGAGAGUGAUGGUUUACCAAAAUUUUUUAAAUUACAGGAUGAUGUUGAAGAUAUCGAUACAGUUGUAAGAUAUCUUGAAAGUGAAUUAGGAUACAAAUUAUAUGCAGCGAUUGGUCAUUCCAAAGGAUCUAAUUCCAUUUUAUUAUACGCAUGUUAUGUAAACCGUAAUAUUCCACAUAUAAUUAAUUUAUCUCCUCGUUAUUAUUUACCAGCAAUUCUAUCAAAAAUGGAAAAUUCUAAAGUGGAUUUAUUGAUGAAGCAGGGAUAUGCUUAUUGGGAGGAUAAAAGUGGAGUUGGAAUAAAAAUUACAUUAGAGGAACUUUAUUUUGACAAUUCCUUUGUUUCUAAUAUGCCGGAAACAACUACUGUGUUAACAUGUCAUGGAAUUGCAGAUGAGGUAAUUCCGGUUAAAGAUGCAGCAGAUUACGCAAAUUUAAUACCAAAUCAUAUAAUAAAACUUAUACCGAGAGCAGACCAUAAUUAUAGUAAUCAGCACGAAACUCUAAUUAAAACGAUCAAUAAAUAUUUUUCAGAUGAUUUUCAAUAUAUGAAAUUUAAUGACAAAUAUUUAUAUCGUAUUCCCAGAUAUAUUUUUAUUGGUGGUGUAAAAAACUUUAGAGAUUUGGGUGGUUAUGAAUGUAAUUUAGGAGAACAGAAUAAUCGAAUUCAGCAAUUUGUUCGUGAAAGAUUUGUUUUCCGUUGUGGGAAUUUAACGUCAAUUACAAAUGAUGGCAUUGCAACACUUCGAAAGUUAAAUAUUCAAAAGAUUUUUGAUUUAAGAUCAAAUCCUGAAGUUAAUAAAAUGGGAAUAAAAAAUAUUGAAGGAAUAAUCCGAGUACAUGCCCCUGUUUUCAAAGAAGAAGAUUAUUCCCCCGAAAAAUUAUUUGAAAGAUGGAAUUUACAUAUUAAAGGUGUAGAAGGGUAUAGUCAAGCUUAUAUGACAAUUUUAGAAGAAGGAAAAAAAGCAUAUUAUGAAAUAUUUAAACAUAUAUUAGAACAUCAAGCGCAACCAUUUAUUGUUCACUGUACUGCGGGUAAAGAUCGUACUGGAGUAUUUGCCAUGUUAUUAUUAAAGCUUUUAGGUGUAAAUGAUGAGAUUAUUUCAAGGGAAUAUGAGUUGACACAGAUUAUAAAAGACCCACAGAAAAUUAAAUUCAUUAUUAAAACGAUGAAUAAUAAAUAUGAAGAUGAUGGAAUAAAAGAAAUGUUAAAUGCGAAGUAA